AUGUCGUACCUUCUGCACUCGUCGUCGUACGCACCCGCCACGGCGGCUGCCGAGCGCGACGGCCCCGCCAGGGACGCCGGGGAUGGCCUCCUCAAGGUUCUCCUGCGCAGAGUUCACUCUCUUCUCCACGGGGAGCCGUCUCGGGUGGCACAUGCGACUAACAUCAUGGGCGACGGCAGCAGUGGUAGUCUCAAGCGGAUCGAGAGACUCAGUGGUGCCUCUUCUGCGAGCCGCCGCGAGGUGCCGCUGCCCGUAACGCAAGGCAGUGCAAGAGUGGCACGUGAUCCCGGGGUGUCAGACCUCAUCGGGCAUGGCGGCGGCUUUGCCGUCCCUGCGGCUAAGACAUCUCCUCGGCCCGUCUCUACACCAGUCGCACCGCCCACAACCAACAAAUCUCCUCUCCACUGCCCCCGAAGCGCUCGGCCCGUUGACGCUGCAACAGAUGCUAGCCUCUACGAGCGCGCUGUGGAUUACACCGACCUGGAGGAGAUACUGCGGUGCCCUCUGGCGCCUGUACCAGGCUGUCCGACACCGUGCGCCUUUGGCAGACACUCGGUCGGCUUGAGCAGCGACGGCAGCGUCACCGCGGCUGCGACUCUUUCACCGCCACCUCCGCCCUCUUCUGCACCUCAGCCACCGCUGGUGUUCCGCUGCAUCGCUGCCGACUCAGACACUGGCAUUUCUGUGUACAGCACCCCGGUCGAGGAUUGCCCGAUGCACCUCAUGCGCGCCUACGCGGUGCUGCCGUGCUCACCCAGGGAUGUGCUCCAAUACAUGGACAACGACAUUCGCCCUAGGUGGGACUCGCACUUACGUCGUAGCGCGCUGCUGCGAGAGCUGACACCACCGGAGCAGACCAAGGCGGUGGAGCGUCAGUAUCGCCUGUCAACCUCCAUCGGCACUGCGGGAGCGGCUGUUAGUCAGCGCAGCCCAACCAGCCUGUCAGCGCAGAGCCGAGGAGCGCUUCGCCAACGGGCAUCAUCUCCACGUACGACGGACGCUAUCCGCGCUGCCACAGGCAGCGCGGCGGUGUCUGACCCCGCCACUGCCGCCGCCUCCUCGCCGACUGCUUUUAAGUACCUUCCUGGUCAGCGCCGCGUUGGGAUUCACUACCUCGAGACACGCAGCCCCGUCCCGUUCGUGCAAGACCGUGAUUUCGAAAUCGUUGUCGCGGAGGAGGUGCGGCCGGACGGCACAACGUACAUGAAAGCCUUCUCCACCCCGCUGGGCUACCACAUGCCCCUCGUCCCGCAUCAGUCGCGCUACGUUCGGGCAGUGGUGCUGCUCUCCGGCAUGGUGGCCCGCCCCCUCGACACUGCUCGCGUGGAGGAGGUGUUGCCGCCUGUGCUGCUGCGACACUAUCAAGCGGCGGCUCAGCACAGAGGCAUCGAGGUAGCGAGUACAGCGACGAGGAAGCCCAGUGCUACUUCCACCACCGUGUCUGGCGACGCUGCAAAUUCGGCGGUGCCGCACCAGUACUGUGUCGUGGAGUACGUUGGUCUUGUGCACCCCAUGGGCUUGCUACCUGCGGUUCUGGUCAACAUGAUCAUCUCAGCACAGCUGAAUGCGAUGCGCAAGAUGCAGGCUUUCAUCAUGCAACACCCUAUGUCCACCCUCCGACCGAGGAGUGUCGCGCACGCGGCAGCGGGCGAGGCGACUGGCCAGCCGCUGCAGGAGCUGUUGACAUCGCUGCGAUCGCCGCCGCCCUCACCGCUCAAAAGGAGCUACGUAGGGAGGUCUCAAGAAAGCGGCGCCGCGGAGAGAGCACACGGAGCCGAGCAGAAGGCAAGCGGUGCCGCCUCAGCGCCAGUGCUGCUCGCUGCAUCUCAUGCCUCCUCGUGGUGGCGCCGGCAGAUGCACCGCUUUGCAUCGAAUUUGUAA